AUGCAGUCCUCCAGGCCAGCGCAACCUAGGGCUCCCGGGAGCUUCUCACCCUUCCCAGCGUCCACAACAACCUCGUCGCCUACUCCGUCCUCGACCACAGACCCCACCGUUGACGCCCGCCAGACCCGCCAGGGCUCUCUCUCCAGCGACAUCACCGACCCCUCGACACCGCCCGCGCCGUUGAACGUUUCCAAGACGCGCGCCUCGCCGACGCCAAUAUAUAUCCCUUCGAGUAGCACGGGGAGCGGCAGUCCUAGUUUGCAGCCGCAAACAGCACAAACACAGCAAACCCAAGGGAGCUAUCCCCGCCCAACGCUCUCUACCACAGCAGUGACCGCCGCGCGAUCUGUGUCUGGCGCUGUUUCGCCGAGCAACAUGACGCUGGGUGAGUCGCUUUCUCGGUCUGCGACCAGCACUGUGCCGCCGGCAGGUCCGUCGCCUAUUACCCCGACGUUUUCUUCGACAAGAGGUACGACGACGUCGGGCAACCACGCGCGCAAACACUCUGCCGGCCUCUUCGAGCCGACAUUACCCUCAACAAGCACAUCCAACCUGUCACAGGUCUCUGCGGGAGGAGGACUGUCGCCGCGCAGGGAUAUUUCCCUUUCCGCAAGCCAGAUCGCUGCCCAAACGGCCGUGAUGCAACACCAGAGUCAGCAGCAACAGCAGCAUGCACAGCAUACGAGACGGAGGUCGUUGGAGACGGAUACCAGGCCGCCGGCGUUAAUGACACCCAUCUCGGCGAAGAGAGGAAGCGCGGGCUCGCUGAACCCGCCGUUGCUGAAUAUCACUGAGGCGAGUGUCUCGUCGGAUAGUCCGCUUGGUACUACGAAUGCGACAGCAGGGGGGUAUCAUAACGGGUUGCCGGGGAAUCACACGCUGGCAGCGACCACGGCAGCGAAUAUGGUGUUUACAAGGUCACAACAAAGUUCAUCAACGUCGGCGAGUCAGCCUUCGUCAGCGGCCCCGCCUCCUCCACCUCCCCCGCCGCCACCUGCUCCGCAGAUCAGCGAGAAGCCUGCCAAGGAGAAGUCGUCUAAGGUCAAGCUGUUUUCGCGACCGGUCAAGAUUGUAACGGGGAAGAGCGAUUCGAAGGAUAAGGAUAAGGACAAAGAGAAGGAGAAGGAGAAGCCGCUGCCUAGCCCGGGCAAGGCGGUUAGUCAUGCGCUGUCGAACUUGCAGCGGAUGAACUUCAGCACCACGAGUUUGGACUCGAGCAGUCAUUUCUUGUACAGCCUGCCCAACAGCUCGGCGGUGACUAUCAGACCGGGGGAUAUCAUGGGCAGCGGGGAGAAGGAAGGGAAAGAAAAGGAGGGAAAGGAGAAGAAGCACCAUUUCCUGUCGCGUCAGAAGCACAAGCUCAAGGAGGAUUACCAUCUGCCGUUGUCCUCCGCAAACAGCAACUCCCGACCCGCAGACCCAAAUGCUCCGAGCAGCUUGUACAGCUUCAGUCUGCCAUCCAGCCCAGGUCCAACAGCCACGAGCUUCAAAUCCGCUCUGGACUUGCGUCACGGGCCCGCGGCACGUGUCCUACGGGACAAAAAGAAAGAUUCGGAAAAAGAAAAGCUCGAAGAUUCCUCAGCCGCCGGCGCAGCAAGCGAAUGGCCUGGCUCCAGCUCCCUCCCCUCGACCGGCAUGAUGAUGCCCGCGGCAGCCGUGUACAUCCCCGAGCCCUUCGACGGACACAAGUACGGUCUGCACAAUAUGACGUACGACGACGCCUGGCCGUUUCUUAAGGCGAAGCUGCUGGUGGUGUUUGAGGCGGAGGAUUUGCGGCUGCCGAUCGAGGAUUUGAAUCGUGUCGUGACCAUGCACUUGCAGUACUGUUUGGCGAGGAGGAGCCCCAGGUUGGUGGUGGAUGAUUUAAGGGAGUUGUUGACGACGGGUUUCUCGAGCUUGGAUCAAACGCUGAGAAAAACGGCCGAGGAAAGGUUGAUUCCCGCGUUGGUCGAGCUGUGGAUUUUUACGUUUACGAGUAUCCUUCCCUUCUUACAAGCGGUCUUCUUACCCCUCGACUUGGAGUUCGCGGGGAACGGUCCUUUAAUGGGGCCUGAUCAGGCAAGGGACUUCUGGGCGGGCAUACUUCCCUCCUCCUCCUCCUCCUCCUCCUCCUCCUCCUCCUCUUCCUCCUCCUCCUCCUCUUCCUCCUCCAAAUCCAGCGACAAGAAGGCUCCCGACGCCCAACCAACCCGACCAAUCCCCCAAUCGACCCCCGUCCUCGAAGUCCGCCGCUUCGUCCUCCUCGCCUUCCGCGAUAUCGUCAUCCUCCCGCGCUAUGAGAUCCUCAAGGCCAUGUUCUCGCGUCUUUCACUCGAGUUCUUGCCUCAGGCGCUGGCAAGUAAUGCACUCGCCUCCCCGCCAUUGCCUAUACCCGGGCAGGGGUUCCACAAUACCUACCACCACGGCGCUUACGGCCAGGGCGUCCUCUCUUCUUCGGAUCCCCACUAUAAUUACGCAGGCUACACGUCGACGAGUUUGCCUACAGUUCUGGGAGGAGGAUACCGCCCCCCCACAGCAGCCUCCUCCUCCCUCGACCCCUCCGUGGCAAGCUACAAUUCCACAGGGACAACGCUCCUAGGCGACAGCGGCCCCAACGACUCGUCGCUCUCUCGUUCCCGCGGUCUAAGCAACGUCUCUUUCGGCUCGGACUCUGCCUCCCAUACACAUACCCAAUAUCGUUCCCGCGGGGGGACGACAACAUCCAACCCUGGCAUCGGUUUGGGUAUGGGGUUGGGCUUGGGUAUGGUUAGGGAUAGGGACAGAGAGCAGCAGAAUGUCGAGGACUCCAAACAAGUCACGGAAAUGGUGGGGCGGAUGCUGCAGUGCAUGAGUGUGCUGGCGAGUGUGGGGGGUGGGCUACCUGUGCCGGCGACCAACCCCGUUACUGCGGCAAGGCUCGGGUCCAGCGCAGGGAAGAGAUCUCUUGAUCUCGUCCGCACGAGCUUAGACAACACUUCCUCGCCAGGGUCUGCAGCGGGUAAGGAGCCGGAGAAGACCGCCACCGCUGCCGGGGGUAGUUCCGGUGAAGGAGGGGAGACUGCGGGAGAGGAAUUGGAUGAGGAUGUCAAGAUGAGAAGGAUUGAAGAGUUGAAUAGGCUGUUGAAGCUGAAUUGGCUGGGGAGGGGCAGGACGGGGAGAAACAGACGGGGGAUAGUUGGGGGGAAGGUGAAGAGGAAUGCUGUGAUGGGGGGUGUGGGGAUUGGCUUGGGGGUUGGGGUUGAUGAUUGA